AUGAGAGCUCUCACCCCCCGAAAGGUCAAGGUUCCUUCCAUCGACCAUUAUGAUGGGACUACAAACCCCAUCGAUCACCUGGCAGCAUUUAAGGCACAUAUGAGUGUGCAGACUAGCAGCGAAGCGGCAUGGUGUAAGUUUUUCCCAACUACUUUGAAGGGGUUGACCUUAACCUGGUUCACGGAGCUCCCCUCCGGAAGUAUAUCGAGCUUCGCAGCUCUCGAGAUAGCCUUCAAGCAGAACUUCAUCGCCGGUAGAAGAUAUCGAAAGACUAGUAUUCACCUCAUGUCAAUUAGACAGCGGAGAGAAGAGGACUUAGCCUAUUAUAUCAAAAGGUUCAACGAGGAGUCACUAAAGGUCUCCGAUCUCCAGGACAGUGUCGCGUUCCCCACUCUCAUGUCCGGGUUGUACCCUUCGAGCAGAUUCAAGCUGAAGCUCGCAGAAAGUGAAACCUCAUCAUUCUCAGAAGCUAGGAACCUUGCCCAGAAGUUCAUUCAAGCCUCCGAUAUCUGCAAAACGCAUGAGGAGCCCAUUUCCAGAAAAAGAAAGCAUGAAUACACUCCUCGAACGGAUAACCCAAGGGAUGUCCCUCAAAAAGAGAAAGACAAAAAUCCUCGAUUGGAGGACAACAGGCACGAACCCCGGUAUAAUUUGAACCGGAGAGAGAUCUACUUGGACAUCAAAGAAAAGUACCCCCUGCCGAAGCCAAAUCCUAUCCAGACUUCCGUCAACAAAGAGGAUAGGUCAAUUAGGGUUGGGGAGGAUUAG